AUGAUGUCAUAUGGAUACCAACAAACACCAAUUGUUGCACCACCAGCAAAAUUCCAAGCUCUUUGGUUUUAUUCAUUCUAUACUCAAAUCCAACACCAACAACUCCAUGAGAUGUCUGCUUGGUUUAGAUCAAUUGAUAAAGACAGAAGUGGUUCAAUUUCAGCAAUGGAAUUACAACAUUUACAUGUUGGUUAUGGCCCAUUAGGUAUUGAAACAGCUACAAAAUUAAUUAGAGUAUUUGAUGUUGAUAAGAGUGGUCAAAUUGAUUUUUAUGAAUAUGCUGCAUUGCAUCAAUUUAUUAAUAUUUUAUAUGCCAACUUUUUAGCCAAUGACCGUAAUCGUAGUGGUACAAUUGACGCUCAAGAAAUUCACAGAGCAUUAGGUACAUCUGGAUUUAAUCUUCCAUUUAACACUGUUAAUUUACUUUUCUUAAAAGCCUCACCACGUGGUUAUGGUUUAAAGUUCAGCGACUUCCUUGGAUUAUGCGCAUCCAUUGCCAUCGCCAGAUCAUUAUUUGAAGCUCAUGAUAGAAUGAGAACUGGUGUUGCUCAUUUGAAUGUUAAUCACAUUUAUGAUAUUAUUAGCUUAGUUUAA